UAUCUAAUACCCGAGAAAAGCGGGUACCCGAUCAUCCCAAGUCCCCCAUUACUAAUUGGUGAUUUCCUAACCGGCGCAUUUCAGUCCAACCUCAGUAAACUGAAAAAUGGCGAAGCACCUACUACGUAGGAAACUGCAAGCAAUUUAAUCAAUCGAUCAUUGUCUCAUUUCUCUAUAAUAUCAUCUCAAGACAAAAAGCUUGGAAAUCAACAAUGGCGAAGAAGAUUUCAAUGCGAGCUGUGAAUAUACCACUCUCACAGUUCGGUGUUCUCGUUGCUCAAUUAGAAUCCAUUGUCGCUUCCGCUGCUCAUAAAUCUCCAGAUCCUCUUCUCUGUUUUGAUCUAAUCUCCGAUCUCAUUUCCGCCAUUAAUGACGAACCUAAGGAGUCCAUUAUGUCAUGGCAAAGAAAAUGUGAAGAAGCAUUGUUUUCAUUGUUGGUUUUGGGUGCUCGGAGGCCGGUACGACAUUUGGCAUCAGUAGCUAUGGCUAAAAUUAUUUGGAAAGGAGAUCCUAUUUCGAUAUACUCAAGGGCUAGCUCUCUACAAGGGUUUCUUGCAGAUGGGAAGAGAAGUGAUCCUCAGUGUGUUGCUGGUGCUGCUCAGUGUUUGGGAGAAUUAUAUCGGCUUUUUGGUAGGAGGAUAACCUCUGGAUUCUCUGAAACAACAAGUAUUGCCUCAAAACUCAUGAAGUCUCAUGAGGAGUAUGUGAGGAAAGAGGCUCUACAUCUGCUUCAGAAGGCUAUGGACGGCUGUGGCGGUACCACUACUGCUACGACAGCUUAUGCAGAGGUGUUUCGAGUCAUCAUGAGAUUUGGUGUUGCUGAUAAGUCAUCUAUUGUAAGAAUAGCUGCUGCUAGAUGUUUAAAGACAUUUGCUAAUAUUGGCGGACCUGGUAUAGGGUUUGCGGAACUUGAUAGUUCAGCCUCUACUUGUGUCAAGGCCUUUAAUGAUCCAAUUUCAUCAGUUCGUGACGCCUUUGCUGAAGCACUGGGUGCAGUUCUUGCUCUUGGAAUGAAUCCUGAGGCGCAGGUGCAACUGAAAGGAAAAGGACAACCUACACCAGCAAAGAAACUAGAAGAUGGCUUGCAGAAGCACCUGGUGUCUCCAUUUGUGAAAGCAAGCGGUAUUAGGUCAAGGGAUGUGCGUAUCAGCUUAACUCUAGCAUGGGUCUCCUUCCUGCAGACCAUUCUUCUGAAGUACCUACAUCCAGACAGUGAGCUUCAAGACUUCACAUCACAAGUGAUAGACAUGCUUCGAGUGGAUACUUUCGUUGAUGCACAAUCUCUGGCAUGUGUGCUAUAUAUUCUUAGGGUUGGUGUGGUGGAUCAGAUGAUGGAACCUACUCAAAGGAGUGUCUUAGUUAUUCUGGGAAAUCAGGUUCAAUCUCCAGAGAGCAGCCCCCCAAUGAAGGUUGCUGCAUUGCGUACUUUGUCAUAUACUUUAAAGACACUAGGAGAGGUUCCAUUGGAGUUCAGGGAAAUUCUAGAUGAUACUGUUGUCGCUGCUUUGUCUCAUCCUUCACAAAUGGUCCGCAUUGAGGCUGCUUUGACAUUGCGGGCAUUGGCUGAAGUUGAUCCUACAUGUGUCAGUGGUUUGGUCUCAUACGGUGUGACAAUGCUGACUGCCUUAAGAGAAAGUAUAUCAUUUGAUAAGGGAAACACCUUAAAACUGGACCUUGAUUCUUUACAUGGACAAGCUACUUUACUUGCUGCUCUAGUUUCCAUUUCUCCAAAGCUACCUCUUGGUUAUCCGGCCAGGCUGCCUCACUCAGUGCUCGAAGUUUCGUGGAAAAUGUUGACCGAGUCUUGUCGGAACCCUGAGGCUGCAGUUAUUGUGAAAGAAUCUGGAUGGUUAUUACUAGGUUCCCUUUUAGCAUCUAUGCCUAAAGAGGAGCUUGAAGAUCAAACCUUUGACAUUCUUGCCUUAUGGGCUCCCUUAUUCAGUGGAAAUCAAGAACUUGAAAUUCAACAUAGUGGAGAUUUGGCUUCUAAAAUAUGUGUGUGGUCCGCAGCUAUAGAUGCUCUUACAGCAUUUAUUAAAUGUUUUCUUUCUCCAAAGGCUGUGAAUUAUGGGAUUCUUCUGCAGCCAGUGCUAGUAUAUCUUAGCAGUGCAUUAUCACAUGUAUCUUUAUUAGCUUCUAAAGACUUUCCUGGAACAAAAGCUGCUGUCGACGUGCUAAUAAUAAGGACAUUAAUAGCAUAUCAGUCUCUCUCUGAUCCAAUUGCUUAUAGAAACGAUCAUCCUAAGCUUCUCCAUCUAUGUAGUGGUCCAUUUAGGAAUCCUUCCUCUUAUGAAGAAAGCUCAUGCUUGAGACAGCUUUUAGACAAAAGAGAUGCUUGGCUGGGCCCAUGGAUUCCUGGAAGGGAUUGGUUUGAAGAUGAGCUUCGUGCAUUUGAGGGUGGCAAAAAUGGUCUCAUGCCCUGUAUUUGGGAUCCUGAACUUCCAAGUUUUCCCGAGCCGGAGAGUGUUAAUAAGAUGCUUGUCAACCAGAAGCUUCUGUGUUUUGGAACAAUGUUCGCAGUUCAGGAUAAUGGUGGGAUGCGAUCAUUGCUUGGAGUGAUCGAGCAAUCUUUUAAAUCAGGGAAAAGACAAUCAUUGCACGCAACCGUUGUUAACAACAUAUGUGUUGGAUUGCUUGCUGGCUUGAAGGCUCUGCUUUCUCUCCGUUCUCAGCCGUUGGGGUCUGAGAUAUUAAACCUGCUGCAGAAUAUCUUUCAGAGUAUUCUGGCAGAGGGCGAUAUAUCUGCAUCUGUACGUAGAGCAUCCUGUGAAGGUCUUGGACUAUUAGCUCGCCUAGGAAGUGAUACUUUUACUGCAAAGAUGACAAAGACUCUCCUUGGUGAUCUGGUAGGUGCAACAGAUGCAAGCUAUGCUGGUUCUAUUUCCGUGGCACUUGGUUGCAUCCAUCACAGUGCUGGUGGUAUGGCAUUGUCAAGUUUGGUGCCUGCAACUGUUAGUUCAAUUUCAGCGCUAGCAAAAAGUUCAGUGGCUGGAUUACAAAUCUGGUCCUUGCACGGACUACUUUUAACAAUUGAGGCUGCUGGUUUCUCAUAUGUAUCUCAUGUUCAGGCAACUCUUAACCUUGGGCUGGAGAUUUUAUUGUCCGAGGAAAAUGGAUGGGUGGAUCUUCAGCAAGGAAUUGGGCGUCUUAUAAAUGCUAUUGUUUCCGUACUUGGUCCCGAGCUUGCUUCAGGCAGCAUUUUCUUCUCACACUGCAAGUCUGUGAUUGCAGAGAUUAGCUCUUGCGAGGAAACUGCAACUCUCCUUGAGAAUGUACGUUUUACUCAACAGCUAGUUCUUUUUGCACCCCAGGCUCUUUCUGUGCACUCUCAUGUGCAAACUCUUCUUCCAACUCUAUCCUCAAGACAGCCAACGUUAAGGCAUCUGGCUAUAUCAACCUUGCGCCAUCUUAUAGAAAAGGAUUCGGCUUCUGUAAUUCAAGAAAAAAUAGAGGAAAUUUUAUUUCACAUGCUGGAUGAAGAAACUGAUGCGGAGAUUGGGAACUUGAUUCGAUUAACUAUAAUGCGCUUGCUUUAUGCAUCCUGUCCCACCUGCCCUUCUCACUGGAUAUCAAUAUGUCGAAAGCUGGUACUUGCAACAUCAUCUAGAGAUUCUGUAAUUAACAGCGGCACUGAACAAGAUUCGAUGAAUGCUUCUGAAGGUGACUUAGGAUUAGGUCUUGGAGAAGAUGAUGAAAAUAUGGUUUCUAGUGGAAAGUCCAUUCCAAAUGAAAAUUAUUCAUUGGAUUCGUUCAGUUUGAAUACUAAAAGAGAAAAGCAUCUUAGAUACAGGACACGAGUCUUUGCGGCUGAGUGUCUUAGUCAUUUGCCAACAGCUGUUGGAAAGGAACCUGCCCAUUUUGAUUUACUAUUGGCUAGAAAACAGAAAAAGGGAUCUUCUAGUGGUGAUUGGCUUGUUCUUCAACUACAGGAGCUAAUAUCUCUAGCUUAUCAGAUCAGUACCAUUAGUUUUGAGAAUAUGCAGCCAACUGGUGUAGGGCUUCUAUCUACCAUCAUGGACAAGUUUGGAGAAGCAUCUGAUCCCGAACUUCCUGGAGGGCUUCUAUUAGAACAAUACCAGGCCCAACUAGUAUCUGCACUUCGCUCUGCUUUGAACAUGUCUUCAAGCCCUAUUCUCCUCGAGGCAGGGUUACAACUGGCGACUAAGAUACUGAUUAGUGGUACAAUUCGUGGAGAUCAAGCUGCCAUUAAGAGAAUAUUUUCAUUGAUCUCCGGACCACUGAAUGAAUUUGAGGACCUUUAUUAUCCCUCUUUUGCAGAAUGGGUCUCUUGCAAGAUCAAAAUAAGAUUGCUUGCUGCACAUGCUUCUCUAAAAUGCUAUACAUACACCUUAUUGAGGGCGCACCAAGCUGAGGUCCCUGAUGAGUAUGUGGCGCUGUUUCCUCUAUUUUCUAAAAGCUCCCAGAUAUUAGGAAAGCGUUGGAUAGGGAUCCUGAAGGACUACUGUUUUCUUUGCUUUAACCUUCAGUUAAAGAAAAAUUGGAAGCCAUUUCUUGAGGGAAUCAAGUCACCGCUGGUUGCUUCAAAGUUGAAAUCUUGUUUUGAUGAAUCCUGGCCAGUCAUUUUGCAAGCUGUUGCUUUAGAUGCUGUUCCUGGGGAUAUCAGUUUGAGCAAGUCAUUAAAUCAAAAUGAGGAUAAAAUGUUGAAGAAUUUUGUGUCUGGAUACAGCAUGGUUGAGCUGCGUUUUGAAGAUUUUCAGUUUUUGUGGGCCUUUGCUUUGCUUCUUCUUUUUCAGGGAAAAAAUGCUGCUGUUGAUCAGCAGAUAUUUCUAUUACUUUCUGUCAAGUCUAACUAUAUCGAGUCACAGUUUGAAGAAGCAAAGCCUCAAACUCUGAAGUUAUGUGAAGUUUUACUUCCAGUCUUCCGAUCAUUGUGUGCCAAAUACUUCUUCAGCACGGGGUUUCUUACAAUGGAAAUUUGUAGGGAAUUGCUGCAGGCCAUCACGUAUGGGAUAAGGGAAGAUUCAUGGAAUCUUCUUGCUGUCACAACUUUAUCUGAGAUUGUCCAAAACUGUCCAGACGAUUUUCUCAAGAUUGAUAGUUUUGUUGAUCUAGCAGUGGAGUUGUGCGUGGCCUACCUUUACAAAAUGUGUGCAGGUAAUGAUACCUGUGAUGAGUUCAGUAGGGAGAGUAUGAUAUGUGAUUUGAUCGCCAUUGCAAAGACUCUGUUGGAUUGUCUUGCAAGUGAACACCAGUUAAAAAUUAUCCUGCCAAUUAUGUUAGCUGGUAAUGAAUGUGCUCGAAGAGCUGCAAGUGAAGCAAGCUUCUCAAAGAUUGUUGAGUUUAUUGUACAAAUUUAUCUUUUAUUGAACAGCUUUGUUGAAGAGAUAUCUAUUCCAGGGCUUGAUGUUGUCCAUGCUUUGCCAUGUAUUAUUGGAGCUUGUCAAAACUUCACUAGUGAUUUUGCGAAAGACUGCAUUGAAGUGAUACAUCUUUUGGAAAAUAGGAAGUCCAAUAUGCGCAGGCUCCUGUAUGCAAAGCUUGUUUUUUGCCUGGAGCAAAUGCUAUCCUUUGCUGACAUGGCAUUUAAGAUGGAACUUUGUCCAGAGAAAAAGAGCUCUAGAAAUGUGGCUACUUUCAUUAGUUGUGUUAGAUGUAUGCAACUUGUUAUUAUGGAUGCUAAUGUACAGGUUCAAGCAAUUGGGUUGCAAGUUCUCAAGAACAUGGUUCAGAAAAAUUCUGAUUCCAAAGUCAGUUCCUUCCCAUUACUUUUGACUGGGGAGCUGUUCAGAGACAUUUUGAUGGUCAUUCAGAAGAUUAUAAUGAAACCUGUAACGAGAGAAUCAGCUGCUCUCGCUGGAGAGUGUUUGCGAACCUUGGCACUUUUGCAAACCCUUCCAAAGGAAGUUGAGUGUCAAAAAGGUCUUAUAAGUUUGCUUCUUGAAGCUGUUGUCAUGAUAUUGUCUGGUACAGAAAACAGCGUUUCUGAGGAAACAAGUGAAUUAAGAAGCACUGCCAUCAGACUUGUUUCUCAUCUUGCUCAGGUUCCCUCUGCUGCAGAACUUCUGAAGGAAGUUUUACUUGGAAUGCCUGCUACACUCAGGUUACAGAUUCAGAAUAUUGUCCGUGCAUCUGUUACCCAAGGAAACCAGGCAACACAGGUCAAAUCUAAUGUGGGAGCAUUAGAGAUUAAACUACCACAGCAAUCAAAUGAAAAUAAAGCGGAAAUUCAUUCUCCAAGUUCCCCUCAUCAAACUGAAGGCGGUUAUGAAGUUGAGGAUGGAAAUGACGAUGAAGAUGAAGAUGAAGAUGAUUGGGAUACAUUCCAAUCGUUUCCUGCCGCUAGUAAUGCAACCAAUGUGGAUACGGAAUUAAAUGCUGAGAUUCCCUCCAUGCUAGAAAAUGAUGGUAUUCAAGAGAUUAGAUGCUCAAUACCAUCUAAUGAUGUAAACGAGACUGUUUCUGAAGUCGAGAAUGGUGAAGAGGAAACACUACAAGGAUCACCUCAUAAUCAUAAUGUACACGAACUUGAAGGCGGUGACCUCGCUCUUGAGGCUUGCGAAACUCAAGAAUCCCACAACUUAAGUAAUGUUUCUGAAAUUGCAUCCAGUCAGGACGAUAAUAAUGCCUCAUCACAUUCUCAUCAACCUAUUAACAGCCCACCGGAAGAUGAUACCUUUCAGGAGGUUUCACGCUCAUUAACUUCUAAUGAUGUAAAGGAGAUUAAUUCCGAACGCCAAAGUGAGGAAGAGGAAGUGCCUCAACAACCGCCCCAGAGAUAUGUACACGAGUCUGAAACUACUUAUCUAACUUCGGAGGCAUCUGAAAGUUGUGAAUUUCUCGUUAGUGCUUCUGGAGCUGAAUCCAUUCAAGAUGACUAUCUUACCUCAUCAUAUUCUCAGCAGCCAAGCAACAACGAAAAUGAAACAGAUGAAUCCAAUGUUGUGAUGAACAAUUUAAUAAGCAAGGAAAGCCCAGGUGAUUUGAUGAACCAGGAAGCACCUGCAGAUACAUUAUCAGUUGGAGACUACCCCUCUUCAGCUCUGCAGACGCCAGAUUUAGAAGACAACAAAUUACAUUGUGAUCAGUCUGCGGAAUCGGCUGGUAAUUCCGUACUCGUAGGCUCUCCUGACAACGAAAUUUCCAUGGCUACUGAAGCCGAACCAAAACAGCCAUGAGAAUCAUAGCAACCCAGGAUGUUGUGUAAUUUCCUCUGUUGUAUUCUUUUGUAAAUUAUUUUUGAAAGCUACGCGUUUUUGUUGGUAGCUUUUAGCCCUUAAAGUUAAUCUUAAUAUGUAGGUCCUAAAAUGAAUUUGAAUCAAGAACUCACACUUAGUUAAAUUUUAUCAAAUGAGUGUUUGAUUUA